AUGAUUGAAGUCAACGAGUUUGCCCGGUUGCUCCUUCGGGAAGCUCGGAAGGAGUACCAACUCAUCCUGGGACGCUGUAACGAUUUCGGGUUCGAGUAUGUCAUCCAAAGGCCACCGCAAGCACGGAUCUGCUUCGGUUCCGGCAUCGAGCGGGAAACGGUACCACUUCGGGGACCGGCCAUGAGCUCCCUAAUGCGCCGCAGGCAACCGAAGCUGCUCGACAACGAGCCCGAUCCGGGAAAAUACCCAACCGGUUACGACGGCUCGAAACCGGAUGAACAUCCGGCGCUGCGGAAGCGGAUCAGCAAGCGAGGCUAUGGCCCGUUGGCCGCCACCAGCGUGCGGUUUAACUUCGAGGAAGUGAGCAAUAGUCCGGGCGUGGGAGAUUACGAGCUCCGGAAGGAACGUCCACCGAAGCAGACCGCCAAACCGUUCGGUAGCGGAACGGACGAGCGACGGAAGGACCACUCGCUGCCGAAUCCUGGCGUUGGAACGUACCGGUUUAAGACGCGCAAAGACAUUCGAAGCCAUUCGUUCGGUGGCACGAUUCGGAUUACGCCCGCCGCCCGAACGAUCUGCCGAACAGAAAACUUUGACCGCUGCCAACGGUGCGACGAGCGGCCGGACGUGGACUACUGGAAAAACCUGCGUACCGAACGGUGCCUCUGUCGGCGGUGCAUGGCGCGGGAGCUGGAGGAGGCGCGGUGCUGCUCGAAGAAUAAAUCCGACCAGCGGAAGCAGCUGGAAGCGCUGAAGGAGUUUAAACGUGUUCGACACUGCGCGUACUAUCACCGGCACGAUAAGACGAACGCGGCGAUACAGUUUAUCAGCAACAAGCAGUUGAAGCGAAAAUUCCGCCUGGAAAACUACCUGUCGAUGUUCGAAUAAGCGCGAGGGACCUUCGUUGUAAAUUAUGGAUCAGGAUUAAUUGCUAAAUCGUUAU